AUGGCGAGGGAGGGAUACAGAUCGAAAUCGUAUGCGGACGGGCGCAUGCAGGUGGUGCCGUACGGGCUCCGAUCGUACAGCAGCAGUAGCUCCCGCGGCUACUUCUCCUCCUACGAAUACCAAUACGAAUACGGAUACGAAUACGACCCUAGGGCGUCGAAGGGGAUGGAGGUGUACGGGGGGAAACAACCAUCCCUUCCGAGCAAACCCUCGUCGUCGUCUUCUUCGUCGAAUCGCAGCAAGAACAAGGACGGUGGUGGUGGUGGAGGUGGAGGGUGGGUAUUUGGGGAUCCGGAGUUCCAGAGGAAGAAGAGGGUGGCGAGCUACAAGGCCUACUCGGCGGAGGGGAAGCUCAAGAGAUCCUUCGGAAGGAGCUUCAGGUGGCUCAAGGACAGGUACAACGACGCCGUCUAUGGCUGGUGGUGA